AAUACAGCUGCUCCUCCUUACGAUCCCUUCUUUAGCCUUACACCGAUCAAAUUUCCUCUCUCGAUAUCAUGUUUGGCAACUUUGUCGAAUACGAAAUCGUGCUAAAUGACCUUCCGGUACUUUAGGAGCUUCGAGUUGAUAUGCCGGUCAUUCCUGGUAUUCGCAGGUGCACUCUGCCCCAUCUCUAAACUCUCCACUUUACGCACUCUUGAGUUCAAAGGAAUGGCCGAUUUCGACUUCGACUUCUUACCUGUUCUUAACCCCAUAUGGGCCCUCCUGUCAAAUCUGACACUCGACUCAUACGAGCAAGGCGCUGCAAUGCGCUUGCUCCGUCUAUCUCCCGACCUCUCCUCAUUAACAAAUAUCACUCUUCGGCUUUGCAUGUCGCCUAGAACCAUCCACUCGCACUAACAUCCAAUCCUUGUCCAUCAAAGCUAGCCAAGGUUGGUUUCGUAUCUGUUCAAGGCAGGCUUUACGAGACCCCUCGGUUACUUUUCUUAAUGUACUCACACUC